GUAUACCAGAUACAUAACCAGCAAAACAAAAAUUUUAAAAAAAUAUGAUAGCCACGGCUGGAAUGUCUUUUGAUCAGCAAUGUGUUUGAUCAAAGUAAAUAGUUUUCUAAGAUAUCUAUUUAUACUAGUGUCAUGGCGUUAAUAUAACGACCGAUAGUAAUAUUACCUAUUUUAAAACAGUUGUCAGUUUUUGCCAUGUUCUUAACUCGUCAAUCAGCACGUACACACAAACGGUGGCGAUUCUAUUCAAUAAGAGGGCUUUUUUUUUCCUGGCUUAGCACUCAAGUAAUACAUAGUCCGCUGUCUGUCCGACUACUGUCAAAGAUGUACAGAACCAUGGCCCCUAAAUUCCUUAUGGCAGUCAGAUCAAUCCGGCUAUAUUUGGUAUCUUCAAAAAUGUCAACUGGUUUCAAAGUUGACCGCUUGGAUCAUUUUGUAAUUACGGUCAAGGAUAUCGAGCAGACAGUCAGUUUUUAUACUAAAGUGCUGGGAAUGGACUUGGUCUCGUUUAAGGGUGGAACCAGAAAAGCUCUAAAAUUUGGGAAUCAGAAAAUCAAUUUGCACGAACAUGGGCGAGAGUUUGAACCCAAGGCAAGUGAGCCUAUGCCUGGCUCAGCCGAUGUUUGUUUCAUCACACAGACACAUGUUACUGAUGUUAUUUAUCAUCUGAAGGCAUGCAAUGUCCCAGUGGUGGAAGGACCAGUGGAACGAACUGGCGCUGAGGGACCAAUUCAGUCCGUGUAUGUCCGUGACCCUGAUGACAAUCUGAUUGAGAUUUCAAACUAUUUGCCAGGAAAAUAAUUAAACUGCUAAUUAUCUGUGAUGCUGUUGAAGAUGUUUAUAAUCUACAAUCUAUAAUAUGGUUUCAUUUCUCAGACAAUUCUGCAUCAUCUACAAUUUUAAAAACCUAGGGAAACAGUUGAUUCAAAUGCUCAUAACCUUGACAGCAACAUCAAAGAAAUUAUCAUCAAGCCAUAUGAAAUGUAGCUGGAAUAACUCACUAAUAAAUAACAAUUAUACAUGUGCCAAAAACAUGUCAUAUGUGAUGGCAUAUGAGCUACAUGGCCAUAUUAAAAGCACCACAGUUUCAGUGUCUCAUAUUCAGGAAAAAAAGUUUUUAGUGCACUUAAGUAUAUAAUGUAGGCACAACGUUGGAUAUAAGGGACCCAGGGUGAAUUUUUGAGUUAUUUUUUGGGGGAAAAAAAAUCAUGUCUUAUAUACCAUCAAAUAACCCUUUAUCAUUCAAACAGGCCAUAUAUUCUACCUGUUUAAAUCAAAUAUACUGUAUAAACGACCGUAAUAAUAAAAGGUGUGUAAGAUGUAUAA